AGAUUAAAAACUAGGCGGAGACGACCAAUUAGAAUGGCUACAAAUUGAUUUACCAUAAUCAGCAAUUUUUUUGCAUGUCACCCUGUUUACAUAUUGUUGUAGCACUUUAUAACACCGAUUUUAGCAGAAUUGUUUUCGCUUAUUGGUACGCGCCGAAAAAAAAAUUUUAUAUUUAUAAUAAUGGAAAACAACGACGUUAUAGAUCCGUUGGAGCGAGAAAUGCAGGCAUUGGACUCUUCAAAUACUGAGUCAAGUUCGUAUUGUUCACAAAUAAAGGAAUUGCCUCACAGACCUAUUAUACUUCCACCUUUAAUCAAAGAAGAACCGGGGCAUAAUUUGACUGCAUGUGCAACGACAACAACUGAGCCUUCUCAAGUUACAUCGAAUGUGAAUUUGUCGAGUAGCACAACUCCAACACGAGGUAUUGAAAGCAAUACAAAUGAGACUCAAGCAACUGCCAGCGGUGCAGUAUGCUCGUCAGCCACAGAGUCACUACGAGCUAAUGCAUCUAUAACACCAACAACCCAAAAUGUGCUACUGGAUCCAAACAUUCGAAUUAAGCAGGAAAGAUUAGAAGAUGAUAGUGCAGUGAAAGUAGAUUUGGUUCCAAAACAGAAACAUAAGAACCGCUUAAAUGAGGAAACUGACGGUAGCCCGGCACAACCUAUUCAACAGGGCGAGGCGGUAAUCAGAAUCAAAUCAGAGCCUGUGGAUAAAACUGCCACUGUAGAGGACUAUACAAUGCCGCCAUCUAACCAAGCAUCAACUAAGAACCAGUCGGCAACACAAGAUGCGACGAUGUACAGCAUAAGGGCUGUGGUUGAGGAAAAUAAAAAUACAGAGGCGGGCAAAGAAACGCUUGGUGGCAGUGCAGAACUUCCCCCACAAGGCGAUCUGAUAACCACAAACAAAUCAAAACCUGUAGGUACAAUUUUGGCUUCAGAAGGCAGUACAAUUCAGUCUUCUAACCAAGCAACAGCAAACAACGAAACGAUUGCACAGAAUUCGUCGGAACAAAGCGCGCCGACUGUGUUAAGUGAAAACAAAAAUACAGAUGCCGUUGAACAAGAACUCGAUGAAGUUUUACCAGAUAAUUUUUUUGAUGACUUAUUACAAGAUGCUGACAAUAUUACAGCAGCGGCUCUACAAGCAACUGCUACAUCUCCUGAGCCAGAAGCAGCACGAAAAGAAACAAAUGCGCCUGUAAUAAAAAGUGAACCGCUUGAUAACCCCACGGUUUCGGAAGUGACACAAUCCGCACCCAUUCCAGAAAAUUUCUUUGAUGAUUUACUGGUCGAUCAUGCAGCAGAGCGUGUAGAAGACGUAGUAAACCAUGGCCUGGAGAUAAAGUACUCAGAACGUCUCAAAGAACUGCAAAAAUUGGAAUCUAUUGAGCAGUUUUCGAAUAAAGCUCAUAAAAAGCAUAAAAAGAAAAAGAAGAAAUCACGUAAACGUACACACCCGCAUAGUGACGAGGAGGUGGAGCCCAAGGAAAGUGGUCAUAAACGUAAGAAAAACAAUUCGCGUAGUCACAGCAGAAGUCCAACAACACACUCACAGCUUAUACAAAGUCGCAAUAGGAGUCCCGAUCAGCAGCUAAUGCGCACACACAUUAAAAAUGAACCUUUAGAGGCUCGAGCAAGUCCGCAGCGCAGUGGCUCUCUCUUUCCCCACGAUUCAGCGCAAUCAAUUUGGACACGGCUUGGCCCUAUGGGCAUUGCAAAUUCAGAUCCAGAAAAACCGGAAACUAGUGCAGAAGCUGCCAAAAGAGACAUGCGACAAAAAUCGUGCGGUACGAUUCGUGUCAAGUCUGAAUUCGCAACAUUUCCAAUACCAAAUUCUCCAGAUACUGCUAUCGACGAGUCUUCGGAUAUGUGCUUGCCAGUGCAUGAAAAAGAACUCUUCCAGCGACGUAUCAAAAACAAUAGGAACGAGCUUAUAAUUGACCUCGCGGCGCCACUGGGUUUCAAACGCAUUAAGUUAGAAAAUAGUAUUGAGAAGUCUACUGUCCCCGCUGAAAGUUUCAUGCUGCCAAAAGAUAAAAUUGAACAUGCAAAGCAGCGAGCAAUCGCCGCAAUCGAGGAGUUCAAGAAGGCAAACAAGCAAAAUAGUGCACUUCUCUCACCAUUUCUCUAUACGACCACUGUGCUCAAACUUCCCAAAAGCAACUCGCAUAUUACGCAGCAGAUACAUGAGAAUCGCUCGCCAUUACACAAUGUCAACAAUGUUCUUUACAAAUUCAACUCGCAUGCUAAUCAGUUUAAUCUGCGCGAAUGGGGUCUACAAGAAAUGCCCAAAAAUGCGGCGAAGGUGGCGAAAAUCUUAGGUUUCGAUGCGCAUGCGCUAGAAGAGAAAUUGCAAACAGCCAAAUUGCCAAUGGGGUUACAAAAGAUCGAAAGAGAAAACUUGGAGCAGCAAUCUAAUGCAAUAAUAGAACCACAACCCACAUUUCUCAUUACAGUCUCCACGCAAACGCAUAACGUUACGGUAUUGGAACCAGCAGAAGCGCGUCGCAAAACCGGUCAUGACAUAGCCGUACAAACUAUUCCAGUUUGCAACAGCAUCGCCACACAGACCGCAGGAGCUGCUUUAACGGCCAACAACAGUUACGAUGAUCUGCCACUAAUGCAGCAAAUCAAGAGCUUAAAUGAAAGCCAAUUAAUGGCUUUAAGUGAUUUUGCCGAGCUCUUAAGCGAACCUGCGCCCGCAUCUGGCGCAAAUGCUAUGGACAUGUAUCGCCUGCGACAACGCAUGAUGGAUAUUUAUAAAUGUUCACAACUACCCUCGGCAUUUGCGCCACACCCCCAAGAACCAACACAAAUAGUGUCAAUGCGACCAAAUAUUCCACGCGAUCCGCGCAGAGAUCGUAUGAUGAUGUUGCAGGAAUCAGCAGCACCACCACCACAACCCCCUGCGCUAAGGCAGACGCAUAUAAGGCACCCAUCUCAACCGCCACAUCAUCGAUUGCAUCAAGGACCAGCAAUGCGAGCACACCCACUGCAGCGAGCGCCACAGCAAUGGCCAGCAAUGCCGCCGCAUUCACAAGAGCAGCCUCCUUUGCCGGCGGCAAGAACAAUUCCUGUUAUUUCGAAUGUACAAUCGUAUCAUCCAACCGCGAUAUUCCAUCCACCGCCAGAUGCAACGCAUGGGCCUGCUUCAAAAUAUUUCGGACGCGGCGGUAUGCGCCGAUGAGCCCGCACAACGUUACCUGUUGUAAUAUAGAUUUUGCAUAUUGUAUUAGUUUAUAAAUACUUUCUAAAUUUCGCAAAGUUAAAAAGUUGUAGCCGUGUUUGUAAACACUCUAGUAAUAGCAUAGGUAGUUCUGUAAUCAAAUCGACUAUUAAAAAAAUACCAAGCUAGCCUAAGUAUUUCGCCAACAUAAAAGUAUUUUACGUUGUUUAUUUUGCUUUGACUUUGCUUUAUACAAGCACCUCAUUUAGCAUACCCCACAUUUAACAGACUUUAUCUAUCGUCUAAGAAUUAAAAAACGCAUUUGCGGUCGCAGUAGUCGAAUAGUGGAUGUGUGAUUACCAUUCAGAAGCGCGUAGGUUCAAAUCUCCGUAAAACACCAAAAUGAUAGAAAACGUUUUUUCUAAUAGCGGUCGCCCCUCGGCAGGCAAUGGCAAACCUCCGAGUGUAUUUCUGGCAUGAAAACUUCGAACGGUUCCUACAAUUUUACAACUUAGGCUGGAGCUGUUCCAUAGGGUUGAUGAAUAAGCAGCCAGUUUGGGGACAAAGUGCUGGUAUAACAACAAAAACCACUCAAUUGGACAAGUAGUCGAAAUGCAAAUACAUCUGUGAGUGCAUAAAAAAAUUAUUUGAAGACAUUGCGCAAAAAAAAAAACCAGUGCAAUAAUAAAUAAAACACCAUAUAAUUUUUUUUCGGUACGGUUAUUAAUUACAUGUAUUACUUAUUAUCAAUGCAUAAUUCGUUUUCUUAAGUUUUUGUUCUGGAUUUUUUAAAUCACUGCAUUUUGAAUUUGAUAGUUUUUGUUACACUCUUUUAAAUUUUGCUCGUCAUAUAUGUAUGUAUAUGAUAAAACUAUUACUAAAUUUUAUUGGAUUAUGCGUUAGUGUUUUUAA